CCAUAUAUCAUCAUGUUUUUCUCAAUUUCAGACUCUUCAGAGAAAUGGGCUCCUCCAAUUUCCCACAUGGAACUUAAUUUUGUAUCUGUAAUUUCCUCUUUGACAAACUCUGUUCUUUUUUUCACCAUCAUCUCUUCUGCCCUUUAAAGGGUCUGGUUUUCUUGACUUGAUUGACUUGAAAUUAGUUAACCCCAUAUGGUUUCUUGAGUAAAGUUACAAACUUUAUUCAUUUUCUGAGUUUCUUGAAGUGGUGGAAUGAAGAUGAGGAUUCUUGGGGGAGUGUUGCCACUGUUUGUUUUCAUUUGGGUGUUGCAGAAUAAACAUGGGAACUGUGAAAGACCUGAUGUUGUUAAUGUUGGUGCUGUUUUUGCUUUUGAUUCAGUCAUAGGUAGGGCAGCCAAGAAAGCUAUGGAGUUAGCAGUUUCUGAUAUCAAUGGGGAUCCUAGCAUCCUGAAUGGGACUAGUCUUAAUUUGAUUAUGGAGGAUUCUAAUUGCAGUGUCUUUAAGGGGUCCAUUGUAGCUUUACAGGUUAUUGAGAAGCAAGUGGUGGCAGUAAUUGGUCCACAGUCUUCUGCAAUAGCUCAUAUGAUUUCUUUCAUUUCAAAUGGUCUUCAUGUUCCUCUUAUCUCGUAUGCUGCCACUGAUCCAACACUGUCUUCCCUCCAGUUCCCAUUUUUCCUUCGAACAACACAGAGUGAUCAAUCCCAAAUGGAAGCUGUUGCUGACAUUGUCUACUUUUAUGAAUGGAAAGAAGUCAUUGCUAUAUUUCUGGAUGACGACUAUGGGAGAAAUGGCAUAGCUGCUUUAAAUGAUGCACUUGCUAAUAAAAUGUCAAAGAUCUCAUAUAAGCUUCCAUUACCUAUCAAUUAUGACAUCACUGACAUUAUGUAUGUGCUAAAUCAAUCGAAAUCAUUAGGACCUCGUGUUUUUGUUGUGCAUAUCAAUCCUGACUCCCAGUUAAGAUUCUUCAGCGCGGUCCAUAAGCUGAAAAUGAAUGGGAGCAAUUAUGUGUGGCUUAUGACUGAUUGGUUUUCUACUACUUUAGAUUCUUUCUCCCCGAAAAACAGAUCUUUUCUAAGCACUCUUGAAGGUGUAAUCAGUCUUCGUCCCUAUAUUCCACAAACUGCCCGGAAAAGAGAUUUUUUGGCUCGCUGGAGAAAGUUGCAGCAGAAUGAGCUGGUUCACUCAGGAUUGACUGCAUAUGGUCUUUAUGCUUAUGAUACUGUGUGGGUAGUAGCACGUUCGAUUGAUAACCUACUUCAACAGGGAGGGAACAUAAGCUUUUCUCUCAGCAAUAUGUUAAAUGGUACAACAAGUGAUAAAUUACAGCUUGGGAAACUUAAAGAAUUUGAUGGUGGAGGACUUCUAAUGAAUAUCUUAUCACUAACAAACUUCACUGGCUUGACAGGAAAGAUUCAUUUCAGUCAAGAUAGAAAUCUUAUUGGUAGUGGUUAUGAAGUCAUUAACAUUGCCAAACAGGAGAUUCACACAGUUGGCUACUGGUCAAAUUUUUCUGGUCUCUCGGUUUUACCUCCAAAAUCACUACAAAACAAAGAAACAGCUGCUACCAGGUUAAAUCAGAAUCUCAAGAGUGUAACUUGGCCUGGUGGGAAAAGCAAAACACCACGUGGUUGGGUUAUUGCUAAUGAUGAAAGACCCUUGAGAAUUGGAUUUCCAAGAAGAGCUAGUUUUACUGAGUUUGUGACGCUGAACGCCAGCCACAAUGUACAAGGUUAUUGCAUAGAUCUGUUUUACGAAGCACGAAAGCUUGUACCUUAUGAUAUUCCUUUCAGAUUUGUGCCAUUUGGUACUGGUCUUGCCAAUCCAGAUUAUGAUGCAUUCGUGAAUAUGGUUGCAACUGAUGUUUUUGAUGCAGCCGUUGGAGACAUUGCUAUUGUCACAAAUAGGACAAGGAUGGUUGAUUUCACUCAGCCUUAUGUGUCUACAGGCCUUGUCAUAGUAGCCCCCAUUGAUACUUCAAAAUCAAGUGCUUGGGUUUUCCUUAAACCUUUUACACUGGAAAUGUGGGGUGUUACAGCUCUUUCAUUUCUUAUAAUAGCAGUGGUCAUUUGGAUACUUGAGCAUCGCGUCAAUGAGGACUUUCGUGGUCCUCCAAAGAGACAGAUAACAACAAUGUUCCUGUUCAGCUUCUCGACACUAUUCAAAACAAACCAAGAGAAUACCGUAAGCACUCUUGGUCGAAUGGUAAUGGUGGUUUGGCUAUUCUUACUCCUGGUGAUCACAUCAAGCUAUACAGCAAGUUUGACAUCCAUCCUUACAGUGCAGCAACUUGCAUCACCGAUCACAGGAAUUGAUAGUUUGAUUGCAAGCAACUCAUUUAUUGGAUAUCAAGUUGGGUCAUUUGCCUAUAGCUAUUUGAAAGACAUUCUCAACAUAGCUCCAUCAAGAUUAAAAUCUCUACGAUCUCCAGAAGAAUUUGAAGCUGCUCUGCGGCAAGGCUCAGGAAAUGGAGGAGUGAUGGCAAUUGUUGAUGAACUUCCAUACAUGGAGUUGUUCCUUCAAAACCGUACUGAUUUUGGGAUCAUUGGUCGACCAUUUACUAAGAGCGGAUGGGGUUUUGCUUUCAAAAAGGAUUCUCCUCUGGCUAACGAUAUGUCAACAGCAAUCCUGAAACUGGCGGAGAGUGGGAAACUUCAAGAGAUACACGAAAAGUGGUUUUGUCAAUUAGGUUGUCCAACAGAUAGGAGAAAAGACUCGGGGCCUGACCAGCUCCACUUGAGCAGCUUUUGGGCACUCUAUCUUUUAUCUGGUGCUGUCACUGUCCUUGCUCUGUUAAUCUUUUUACUCAAGAGUAUUCGUCAAUAUAUACGAUACAAAAGGAAUCAUACGGACCUUUCUUCUCCCUCGAACACCAGAUGUUCACAUGUGAUCUACAGUUUCUUUGACUUCAUUGAUGAGAAGGAAGAAGCCAUCAAAAGAAUUUUUGCUCAACAAGAUAGUGCUCAAGCUCAAACAAAUGGAUCCUGAUCUUUCCUCGAAUAGUUUCUUAUUGAAGUAGAGUAUACAUGUUACUGAAAUUUAGGGAUACUUACUAGUUAGAGAUGCUAAUAUAUUACUCACCAACUGUAUAUGUCUUGUACAAAUGGAUAUACCAAAUGCAGGAUUUAAUGUAAAAAACUCUCAAUUCCCCUGGAGUUCCUUACAUAUUCUCU